CACAAGUGGAAAUUUAUUCUGUAAUUUCUUGAAAAAUGAUUUUUUUAGGUUCAUUCUUCUGUUUGCUGUCCCUCUACUUUGGAUGCCUUAUAAUUGGCGUUACAGGGCUGAUCAUUGGAGUCGCGAGUCUUACUCUUGCAGUGUGUAAGCUUAUUCUCCAUGCUAAACAAGAAGAGGUUUGGAUGAUGGCCCUUAUUUUCUCGUUGUUGUAUUUGGGCGCGAAGAUGUUUUUGUUAAUGGGAACGAUGUGGAACUUGGCCUGGUGCCUUAUCAUGUCCUUCAUUGCCAGCGCAGUUUGUGUUUGUCUGAUCUUGGCCAUAUUAAUUGUCGGCUUUGCCAGUAGUGCGAACCGUGUACAACUCAUGGUCUGGAUUACUAUGAUUCUUCUGGAGACAUACUAUUUGUUGGUAAUAAUAUCGCAUUGGUACAACAUAUGGUCGGGCGUUCAGCGAGUUGAGCUCUAACAUUUCCAACAUUCUUUUUCAAAAUUUAUAUAUGAAAUUUUAUCUUGAAUUGACUAUGAAAUACAUACCUGCCACG